GAGCGAUUACAUGAAAUAUGACCGUUUCAGUAAGUUGUACUGUAUCUUUUCUACAUACCUUCAGAUGUUCUUUCAUGUUUAUUCUGUAACUAGUAUUAAAGAGGAAGAGAUGCUCGUGCUGCCGGUUUUAACAGUGAUCUGUCACAUCAAAGUGUGUCAAAACGGCAUUUUCUGUUUAAAUUUCAUGAUUUUGUAGAGAGAAUUUGAAGGAUGGCACUUUGUUUCUUGUCGAAAGUAUAAAAAAAAUUCAGCACUUAUUGCGAUUAAUAGGAGACCUAUUCAGUAUGAAUGCGUGUACGUUACACCUCAACUGUUCAUUUUUCUCUUCUUAAAGAUGGUGUUUAUUAAAGAGGAGGAGAGUGAAGACAUGAAGAUUGAUUUUAUUAAAGAUGAGACUGAAGACAUGAAGAUUGAAGAAACAUUCAGAGUGAAACAUGAAGAUACUGAAAAACAGACAGACCUGAUGGCACUGAAAGAGGCGAGUCAUGAACUUAAUGAAAGGGAAGAAGAGAAAGAACAUUAUGAAAAACAUCACAAUUUCAUGACUGGAGAAAGAUCGACACAGGCUAAAAAGUCUUCCUUGCAAAAAAGAGCUCAAAAGACAGGAAGUAAAAGUUAUUUCACCUGCCAACAGUGUGGAAAGAGUUUUAAACAACAUAGAUACCUUAAAGUCCACUUGAGAGUUCACACUGGAGAAAAACCUUUCACCUGCCAACAAUGUGGACAGAGUUUUACUGUAAAUGGAAACCUUAAAGUCCACAUGAGAAUUCACACUGGAGAGAAACCUUACACCUGCCAACAAUGUGGACAGAGUUUCAGACAUAAAGGGAACCUUAUAACCCACAUGAGAAUUCACAAUCAAGAGAAGGCUUACACCUGCCAACAAUGUGGACAGAGUUUCAGUCAAAAAGGAAGCCUUGAAGUCCACAUGAGAAUUCACACUGGAGAAAAGCCGUACACCUGCCAACAGUGUGGAAAGAGUUUCAGUGGAAAAGGAAAGCUUGACCUCCACAUGAGAAUUCACACUGGAGAAAAGCCGUACACCUGCCAACAGUGUGGAAAGAGUUUCCGUGGAAAAGGAAGCCUUACAGCCCACAUGAGAACUCACACUGGAGAAAAGCCUUAUACCUGUCAAGAGUGUGGAAAGAGUUUCAGUCACAAAGUACACCUUAAAGUCCACAUGAGAAUUCACACUGGAGAAAAGCCUUACACCUGCCAACAGUGUGGACAGAGUUUCAGUCAAAAAGGAAGCCUUGAAGUCCACAUGAGAAUUCACACUGGAGAAAAGCCUUACACCUACACUCUGUGCGAGAAUAGCUUCACACAGGAAAAAAGCCUCAGGCAACACAUGAAUAUUCACACUGGAGAGAAGACAUUUACAUGUGAUCAUGUAUGUGUGGAAUGGGUUUCAGAUUUAAAGGUGACCUUAAGUGCCACAUGAAAAUUCACUCGAAAGAGAACUCUUUUAGAAGUCGUCACUGUGGAAAAAACAGAGGUGUAAAGAUUACCUGAAAACAAUACUUGAGUAAAAGUACAGAUACCUUACAAAUUAUUCCAUUACAAGUUACAAGUCACCAAUCUAAUACAACUUGGGUAAAGGUCUUAACUGUACUUAAAGCUGCCGUCUAACUUUGUGUUCAAAAUGUACAAAAAAUAUAUAAUGAGAAUGUACAACAUGAAUCCAUUUUCCAA